GUUAUUCGUUACUGGUUGCCCAAUUCCCAAACUAUCGUGCGCUCUCGUGUCGGUCGUUUCGUCACAUCGAAUAUUUCGUGUCUGUGUUAUGAAACCAGAAACACAUUCCACAGCUGCAACUGAUAACGUUACACGGACUGACAGUCACACAGAGCACUUUCUAUUAUUCGGAUCGACGGUGUUAUUGUAGCGCAAUAUUAUUGUGAUUGUCCACUGAUUUCGUUCAGAAAUUGAUUACGGUCGUCGGACGUCGAUGGUCGAGAAGUAAGAACUCUGUGUGGUUUAUUCCGUUCUUCGAAGUCCAUCAUUCACUGGGAGUCAAUCGCUGGACGAGGCGGUGGUUCGGAGAAGGAUAUCGAGAAGUAUACAGGGCUUUGGGGACAAGCAUCACAUCAGCUGCUGGUCAUAGUACGGUUGGCGCUUCGCUCGAUUGUUAUAUUCAAGAAACGAUGACUGAUCAAAAUGAAACAGACAAUGAAGACUGGAAGGAAAAGUACAAAGCACUGGAAAAAGAAUACGAUGAUUUUCGGGAACAGUCUCAGUCUCUAGAACGUGAAUUGGAAAUGGAUGUCGAGGCGCUGGAGAAAAAUAACAAGGAGCUCAAAUCAAAAAACAAUCAAUUACAAUUUGAUCUCGAUACAUUAAGGACUAAAAACCGUGAAGAGCAGCAAAAUCUUAUGAACCAAAUACAUAGUUUACAAGAUGAGGCAAUCCAUUUUCACGAAAGAGAAACAAACUAUGUAAAAUACAUCAGAGAAUUGGAACAGAAAACUGAAGACUUAGAAAAGUCACAAAGAGAAACUUGUGCAUCUUUAGGAGACUUUGAAACUAAAAUGAAUGAUGCAAUUGAACGAAAUGCACUCCUUGAAGUAGAACUUGAUGAAAAAGAAAGUUUGCAAGCAAUGGUUCAAAGGUUAAAAGAUGAAAUUAGUGAACUGAAACAAGAAAUUCAGAGUAAAGAGCGCAAAUUGAAUCCUGAAAUGAAUGAAUCUCAAGCUGCAGCCGCUGUCAGGCGGUGUAGCAGCUUUAGGGCAGCAGUAGACAAUAGACUGUCAUCUUCAGCAGAUAACACGCCUAAAAGUCAUUCAAAAAGUUUAAGUGGAAAUGUUGUAUUUCAUUCACCACCCACCAAAUUAGCUAGAGUUGGCGAUAUUGUUGGAGAUCUGAUGAGAAAAGUACAUGUUCUCGAACUUAAACUAGUGGAAGCCAAGCAAAUUAAUGGAGCUAAAACUCAGAACUGCCCAUUCUAACAAAAAGCUUUGAGGCAGACCACACAAAUGGUUCGCCUUCUGUAGCUGAAUCCUGUAUACUUUAUAUGCUGCUGAGAAUCCUUGAGUUUUAUAUGUGUAUCUGCUCUCUGAAAUGCAUUAUCCUAUUGACCUAGGGCGACUGUUUCGUAUGUUGAAGUCGCUAAAAUACUAUUUUCUCGUUUCCUGAUGACACAUUUGAAAUGUUAUAAUUUUUCACAACACAAAUGCAAUGUAAAGUUUCUUUUUAUUUAAUUAUAAAUUAUUUAUAUACAUGAUAUAAGUACAUAAUUACAUUACAAGUAAACUUAUGACAAAAAAGUUUUAUUUUAAUUUUAUUUACUUAUAGAUUAGUAUUAAAUAAGGCCUUAACAACGAAACAUGGACCCUUCUUUUGUAGAAAGACAGACAAUAAUAUGUUUGUACAAAUAUUUAUGAUAUUAUGCACAUAAGAUUAUUUUUAAAUCACAUAUGUUUAUGUAUAAAACAAUAAUGUAUUACAAAAAUAUAUUUACCCAAUAAAAAAAAAUGUAUAUAUUAAAGAAAAAAAAUUGUAUAAAUGAAAAUCAAAGUUGUACAUUUUUUCUUUGUUAGCUACAUUUUUACAAUUUAUGAGAAUGUUGACUAGACUAAUUCACUUAAAAAUUAAAACAAAUAAAAAUCAUCGUAAACAAAUACACCUCCUUAUUGUGGUGCGAGUCAAAUGCCUUUAUUUGACCGAAAGAGUUUUGGGACUUGAGGGGAAUUUUACUUGAAAACCGGGUAAUUUAGAAUAAAUAUAUAAAAGAUGAUAAUAAUAUUAUAUACAUUGUAAUGUCGGCGUAUCGAGUGUGUAACGUAUUGAUCUAUCGAGAGAUAUACGUUUAUAAAUUCUUAACCAUAACAACAUUAACAACCAAUUACGAGCUGCAUGAUGAGAUAUUUGAAUAUAAUAUAUACUUA